AUGUCGCUGUCGGCGCGCUCGUCGUCGGGCUCGUGGUCGCGAGCCGGCGGCGCGCCGCCCGACAUCAUCGACCUCGACAAGUUCAUGCGCGGCGCCGUGCGGCCCCCGCGCCCCGAGCCCGCGCUGCGCUGCGACCAGCUCGUGGUGGACGCGGGCGGCUUCGGGCGCAAGCAACCGCCGCCGCCGCCCGCCGCGCCCCUCCCCGCGCCCUCGCGCGCGUCCAGCAGUAGCGGCAGCCGCCCGCCGCCGCACGCCAAGCGCUUCUCGCACGACUCCGGCCUGUCGGACGGCAGCUACGCGCGCCGCAAGACGCGGGCGGCGCGGCGCGGCGCGGGCGAGGCGCGGCGCGGCGCGGGCGAGGCGCGGCCGCCGCCCGACAACGCCUCGCUGCGCGCCUUCCGCGCCGUGUGCGAGCGCGCGCUGCUGGACCAGCAGGCGCAGAUCGCGCGCGUGGCGGCGCUGUGCGAGCGCCUGUCCGAGCGCCCCCCGCGCCCGCCCCGCGCGCCCCCGCCCUCGCCCGACACCCGCGACGUGUCCUCCUCCAGCCGCAGCACGCGCGACCAGCGCCGCAAGGACAAGCACCGGACGGAGGAGUGCAAGACGUACAAGAUCAUCAUGAACAAGCUAGACGAGCUGAACCGUCUGUUCGCGGCACGCGCGCGCUCCCCCGCCGCCCCGCCCGCGCCCCGCGCGCCGCCCCCGCGCCGCGCCGCGCCCUCCUCCGUGUCGGUGUCGGUGUCGGACAAGGUGGUGGCCACGGAGCCCGAGCGCGCUGCGCAGACGGCGCGGGCGGGCUCGGGCAGCGCGCGGCUGUCGGCGCUGCGCGCGGUGACGCACGCGUGCGCGCUGGACAUCCCGCCGCGCGACCCGCCGCUGCGCUACAACGUGGCCACGGAGAGCGUGCUGCAGGCCGACUCCCGCGUGCCCUCCAGCGCCGGCGACCCGCGCUGCGGCUUCGACCUCGACGACCCCGUGCAUUUGUACUCGCAAGCGAAACGCCUGCAAGCGCUGCCGGCGGCGACGCGGCGCGCGCGCAGCGUGGAGACGGCGGAGCGGCGCGGGGCGGCGGGCGGGGCGGCGGGCGGGGCGCGGGGCGGCGGGGGGCGGGCGGCGGGGGGGCGCGGCUCGCUGUGCGCGCUGUGUCGCGGCUACUGGCGCGCGCUCACGCAUUACCUCGCCGCGCAGAUCUUCUGCUACCCCGAGACCGCCUGCGUCUAG